CGCCGUCAUGCUAAGCUUUUAGCUUGAAGAAACCAACUUUAUAAAAGCCACAGUAGACUUGGAUUCUGGGGACAAAAUACUUCACAAACCUUGCAGCACUGUCAAUGGAGAGAGCAUCUCAAAUCACCUUCUUCCUGUUACUCAUCAUCCACUCCAGCAUAGCUCAAAAUGCUACCACGAGUGGAGCAGAUGAGUUCCCCGUUGGAGUGAUCCUCAACUUGGAAUCAUUGCGGGGCAAGAUGGCGCGGACAAGCAUUUUGAUGGCUCUGGAAGACUUCUACACAGCCCACAGAAACUACAGCCCGAAGGUAGUUCUCCACAUCAGGGACUCCAAAAGUAACAGCAUCGAAGCUGCAUCAGCAGCUCUCGACCUGCUAGAGAAUUACAGCGUCCAAGUUAUUAUAGGUCCUCAAACAUCUUCACAAGCAGCAUUUGUAUCGGAUCUCGGGAAUAAAAGUCAGGUCCCUGUCAUCUCCUUCACAGCAACAAGCCCAUCUCUUUACUCUGGCAGUCUUCCAUAUUUUGUUCGUGCAACAUUGAGUGACUCUACACAAGUGAAUAGCAUUGCCUCCCUAAUCAAGGCCUACGGGUGGAGACAGGUGGUGCCAAUUUAUGAAGAAACUGACUAUGGUAGAGGUGUCAUACCAUAUCUCAUUGACGCCCUCCAAGAAAUUGAUGUUCGUGUUCCCUACCGGAGUGUGAUCCCCCUGUCAGCAACUACUGAACAAAUUACCAAAGAACUCUAUAAGUUAUUGACAAUGCAAACAAGGGUCUUCUUGGUGCAUAUGUCACCUGAUCUGGCUUCGAUCCUCUUCACAAUGGCAAAAGAGGUUGGUAUGAUGAAGAAAGGAUUUGUAUGGAUCAUGACAGAUGGGCUAACCAAUGUCAUAGACUCCACGAACCCUUCUGUCAUGGAAGCAAUGAAUGGUGUUUUAGGAGUAAAGUUUUAUACUCCUAAAUCAGAGGAACUGGAUAACUUCACCAUACGCUGGAACAGGAGAUUACAGAUUGAUAACCCAAAUGAUCCACCACUGAAACUAAGCAUAUUUGAACUCUGGGGCUAUGAUACUAUAUGGGCGGUAGCGCAAGCAGUUGAAAACCUUGGUAUUAAGAACAAAACAUCAUUUCAAAAACCAGCAGUUGCAAGAAACAUGACAAGCUUGGGAACUUCCCGGCGACUAUAUCACGGAGAAUCAACGACACGGCAUUCAGGCUUAGCUUCUGACCUAAACCCGGUAAUUUGGCCAGGAAAAUCAACAGAGGUACCCAGAGGGUGGGAAGCUGCUGUAAACGGGAAGAAGCUUCGAGUAGGAAUGCACGUAAGUGUAUACCCACAAUUUAUGACAAGUGGAAAGGAUCCUAUCACAGGGGCAACUAAAGCAGAGGGCCUUUCAAUUGAUGUAUUCGAAGAGGCAGUUAAAAGACUUCCCUAUGCACUACCUUAUGAAUAUGUGGCAUUUGGCACCACGAAUGACACAAGCACUGGAGGUUAUGAUGAUUUUGUUUACCAAGUUUACCUUAAGAAAUACGAUAUAGCAAUUGGAGACAUAACAAUCUCAGAGAACAGAAUGUCUUACGUCGACUUCACUCUACCGUACACAGAAUCAGGAGUGGCAAUGGUUGUUCCAGCCAAGAGCAGUAGAACUAACAACACAUGGAUUUUCGUUGAGCCAUUAUCACGUGACCUGUGGCUCGGAAGUAUCAUAUUACUUUUCUACACAUGGGUUGUUCUCUGGCUAUUGGAGUUUCUUGGAAACAACACAAAUAUCCCGGGCGAAGUUCCCAGAAAGCUCGGGAUUAUGACCUUCUUUUCCCUGUUUGGAGACAAGGACAGAGUGGAACGCUUACUAUCUCGGAUAGUUUUGAUUGUAUGGGUAUUUUUCUUCCUUGUAUUGUCAGCAAGCUACACCGCGAACUUGGCAACGAUGCUUACCAUACGACAGCUAAAUCCAACUAUAACUGAUAUCCAUGAACUCCGCAAAAGCGGGGACUAUGUAGGAUGCAUUCGUGGUUCCUACGUCGAGAGAAUAUUGGAACAACUCAAUUUCGACGGAUCGAAGAUCAAGACCUAUAAUACCUAUGAUGGAUUUUACAGUGCGCUCUCAAAGGGAAGCAAAAAUGGUGGAAUUGCUGCGUUCAUUCAUGAAGUCCCAUACAUCAGAUUAUUUCUUGUAAGGAACUGCAAAGGGUACACUAUGGUUCCAUUUUAUAAAGCAGCAGGUUUUGGAUAUGCAUUUCCAAAAGGAUCUCCUCUAGUUGGGGACAUCUCGAAGGCAAUCCUCAGCGUAAUAGGAGGAGACACUAUUAAUCAAAUUGAGAAGAAAUGGAUCGGAAUCGGAUAUCAAAACAACUGCAACAACGCGGGGCGUGCACCUGAUCCAGAAAAACUCACACCGGAUGGUUUUACAGGACUUUUUAUACUUAGUGGAGUUGUUUCGACUUCUUCUCUUCUGAUAGCCGUGGUGAUUUACUUUUAUGAAAAGAAAAACUCAACAACUAAGACACAACCUGACCAAAAGGGAGAUCAGGCAGAAGGAAAUGAAAGAGGUAAUGAAGCUGGAGAAGAGAUGCAAAACAUAGGUCUACAACCAAUUGGCCACAGGCGCAAUGCUUCAGCUGUCUCUUGGGGGUUUAGAAGAAGUUUUGGCACAAGAGUGGCACCUGUUUCAAGUUCAAGUCGUUUCUAGCUCAGCUCAGCUGGUAUUACAUAAAGCAGCCUCCAGCUAAAUAAAUUUCUAAAAUGGUAAAAGUUUGGACUGAAGUAGCUCGACAUACAACAGCUAAUUAUGUUUACGGUUCAUAGAUAAAGCUCAACUUACCCUAGGCAUCCAGUCUGCCAACACUCGUCCCAGUCGGAUGAUUGUUUGUACUAAUUUUCAUGUGUAAAUCUUGUUUAAGCACACCGUCAUACAUACCUAUCCAAACCUGGUUGAACAGAACCAUCUAGCCAAGUGUUUGCUCCAUACGUACAAGGUUACAUUCUUUUUCUUGUGAAUUCGUGAACUUCACAUGUCCCAUACUGAUUGUCACCUGUCGGCCACUCGGAUGGUUUAGGGAUUUAGGGGUUGCCGUAGGUGCGGGCAUUGUUUCGCACCAAGAACAGACAUGUUUUCAAGUGUAUCCACAAGUCGGCAUUCUAACAAACACCUGGCAUGCAUCGGGACAUCUGUUUCGGCUUACUUCAGCUAACACUGAUGUUUCGAGCGAAGUUGGUAUUUUCACCAUGUAGCAUGUGCGCGGCAUGAAAUAAACACAUCAUGGAACAUCCGUCGGAAAACAUAUC